AAACGACAUAGUGUUGAGUUUGUGAAAGUGUUUUAAUUCCUUCAUCAUAUUCUCCUUCUUCCGCUCUUUCUCUCUCAUGGAGAAGAAUAACAACAAAAACAAUGAAAGAAGGAAGAGAAAAAUGGUGGAGAAUAACAACAACAACAACAAUCGAGGUGACGAGGAUGUUCAUCAACAAGAACAAGAACAAGAUGAGAAUGAAGAAGAAAAGAUGGAGCAAUUUUUUGCUUUAAUCAGAAACACAAAAGACAUGAGAGAUCGAAUCAAACAAAGCGGCGUAAUCGUUGGCUCAUCUUCUUCAUCAAAACAGCAUCAAAAUGAGAAGAAAAGCCAGCCUGAAGAAGAAGACCAUGUUCAAAAGGGAUCAGGUUUUAAUAAUAUUAUUAAUAAUAAUGUAGGAGCUCAAACAUGGAACCCCACAUUUCAAGUUGAAGACUUCAUGGAUGAUCUUGCAAAAUCUUCAAUCAAUAAUAUCAAUAUUAAUAUUAAUAUUGAACAAGAUGCAACUCAAGAAUUGCUUCCAGGUUCUUCAUCCAAAAGCCAAGAAACAGAAGUUGCAGAAGAUAAAACAGAAGGAGGUAAUAAUAAUGAUCAGUUAGACUUAAAGCUUUCUUUGUAAUAGCACUUCUGUACAAUGUAAUUUUAUUAUUUGUUUCC